CAGGCGGGCGGCAGCCGGGGCGCAGUGGCGUCCGCUGGAACACCCGAGAGAGAGAAACAUUCACAAUGGCAGCCGCCAAGGAGGUGCAAGAGGCUGCUGCUAGGGAUGCGGGGGAAGGGGCCACGGUGACGCUGGUGGCCGGGGACACGCGGCUGGUGGCGCACAGGGCCGUCCUGGCAGGCAGGAGCCCCGUGUUCGCCGCCAUGCUCUGCCAGGACACGCCGGAGGCCAGCAGCAGUGUGGUCGCAGUCCCCGACGUGGAGGGCCCGGUGCUGCACCAUCUGCUGGCCUACAUGUACUCCCUCCGUGCUCCCGAGGUGCCCCGCAUGGCCUCACAACUCCUGGCAGCUGCAGACAGGUACGGCGUGUGGGGGCUGAAGGUCCAGUGUGAGGAGCAGCUGGCCAGUCAGCUGUCAGCAGAGAACGCGGCGCGCACGGCAGUGCUGGCAGUGAGGCACUCCUGUCCCAGCCUCGCAGAGGUCGCUGUCGCCUUCAUAAAAGCCAACUCGCUGGUGUUUGCCACAGCGGGUUGGGCCGAUGCGGUCCUCAACCACCCUGAUGAGGUGGUCAAAGUGAGUCAGUUGCUCGGUGGGCCACUUACAGAAACCAGGAGCCUUCCUGGAAAGAAGAUUAGCCGAGGACUGAUCCAGGCAGCUAAGGAGGGGGCGGUGGAGGAGCUCAGGGUGCUUCUCGCGACAGGGGCGAAAGUGGGGGCGAGGGACGAGGACAUGUGGACUGCUCUGCACUGGGCAGCUGAGAGGGGACACCUGGAAGCAGUAACAUGUCUGUUGGAAGGUGGAGCAGAGGUGGAUGUCGGGGACAGCAGGCAGAACACGCCGCUGCACUGGGCUGCGUACCGCGGUCACGUGGCUGUGACACGGCUAUUGCUGGACUCCUCUGCUGACCCCGAUGCCAGGGAUAAGUAUGGGUGGACGCCGCUGCACUGUGCAGCAAGAUGCGGCCACACAAAGGUGGCGGCCGUGCUGCUCGCUGCAGGAGCUGACACUGAGGCCAGAGACGCACACGGGCACGAACCCUGGGUCAUCGCCAGGCAGAACGGCAAGCAGCAGCUCGUGGAGAUGCUAUCGUGAAGGAUUCAGUUCAACAAACAUCUCUGCAAUAAUGCUGAAAUGACUCUCUGCAUCUGUCUGUGAUAUUGUUCUAAAUAAAGAAUGCAAAAGUGAA